ACGAAGCCUCUCUCACUCUCACUCCCUUCCUGCUGCAUCAUCAUCAUCAUCAUCAUCAUCACAACAGCCGCUAGUAGCACCCUGUCUAAUUGCGGUGACCGGGGGACUGGAUAGUCAUAACUAAUUAGCAUAAUACUAACUCUAAACAUAACACUAGUUAACAUCACCAUAACAGAGUAAUCUACGGAAACCAUUUACAUUGAGCUACCCCCUUGGAACCGCUGGGACAUGGCCAGGCAAGAUCAGGUCCUGCUCUUGGAGCCACAGCACGAACUGAAAUUCCGAGGUCCCUUCUCGGAUGUGGUCAACACAACCUUAAAGCUCUCCAACCCCACAGACAGGAAUGUGUGCUUCAAAGUCAAGACGACAGCCCCGCGCCGGUACUGCGUCCGGCCAAAUAGUGGUGUCAUCGACGCCGGCACCUCAAUCAACGUCUCAGUGAUGCUGCAGCCUUUCGACUACGAUCCCAACGAGAAAAGCAAACACAAGUUCAUGGUGCAGUCCAUGUUGGCUCCCCCCGAAAUGACGGACAUGGAGGGAGUGUGGAAGGAGGCAAAGCCAGAGGAGCUGAUGGACUCCAAGCUGAGGUGUGUCUUUGAGCUUCCAGCGGAGAACGAGAAAACGCAUCAUGACUUGGACGCCAACAAGAUGAUGUCGUCCAACCUGCUCAAGUCGGAGUCAUCCACACUGUCCAUGAAGUCCAUGAGCUCCACCCUGGACGAUGGCGAGGUGAAGAAGAUCAUGGAGGAGUGUAAGAGGUUGCAGAUGGAGGCACAGCGGCUACGGGAAGAGAAUAAACAGAUCAGGGAAGACGAUGGCCUGCGGAUGAGGAAGAGCAGCAUGAUGUCCUCCCAGCACUCCUCCCACUCCAUGGUGAAAGAGGAGGGGCUGAGCCUGCGCACGGUGGCCCUCAUCGUGCUCUUCUUCGUGGUCGGAGUCAUCAUCGGCAAGUUGGUCUUGUAAGAGCGAGUGGCAAGCGAGAGACGGCCAACCGCAUGCUUUCAGGGGAUUGAAACAAACGACGGAUUUGGGAUUUUUGGUAUUCAGAAAUGCCAUAUCAAUGGGGAAGUUUUGAAAUCGUUCAUUUAUGUACUAAUAAAAAAAAGGAGAUACAAAAAAAAAUGUUAUGAACAAACCAACGAGAGAGUUAAAAAAGCAUAAUCAUUCUGGCCUUCCUCCCAAAUACUUGCACCACCGAUACAAGAUGACGAGUAGGAGGAAGAAAAAUGCAGAUCAUUAACCAGGUUUCCAUCCAACUUUUUUUUACGCGAGUAAAGUACGUUGGAUAAGUGUCACGACAAGCCGGAUGGAAACAGCAAAUUUGUCGGUAAACUUUCCAAAUGUCGACAAACCAAAAUACACUAGACAAGGUGGGAUCUUUUUGUGUCAGUGAGAAGGUGGUGGAGAUGCCUUUAUGCACAAAUAUUGAUAUAAUAACCAUCAUUUCGAAGUAAACAUGGAGUCACUCGAUGAUCUAGUAUGUGGUUCUCUGACUAUGACUCGGGAAAGCAUUCAGUUUAUUAGGCUACAGAUGAAAUAAGUUAUGAUGAACUUCACAGGGUGGUGAAAGUGCACGGUGACGAGCUUGAUGCUCCUUUCCAAUAAAUAGAGGGGGUCUUAUUCUGGUGACAUGAUCAUCGAUGCUUGGCUGCCGUAUGACAAAAAUAAUCUUGCUCUUUUGUCCAUAAUAAUCUCAUCAUGUAGUAAGCUUUACCCACACUAUCUGCAAGAUUUUGGCUAGACUGCACGUGCCAAGACCAGAGUGGGCACAUUCGCUAGGUUAUGUAAACGCAACAGUUUUUGUGACAAAACCAUCAGUAGAUUUGAAAAUGCGAUGGAAACCUAUUAAAAAAAAUAUAUAUGUACAGUAUAUUCGGUACAUGGGGAAUUUAACUGCAAAAGUUAUUUUUAUGUGCCCUAUGUCAUCAGCACAGCCUUUUAUCCGUCAAUUUGAUGGAAACAUCUCUGGUGGGAAAAUGUGCAUAAUUAUUUUUAUGGCGAUUUUAGAAUAUUCGCAUGAUUAUCUGUCGCCAAUUGGAUGGAAACCUAGCUAUUGAUAGUAAUUCAAAGCAAAGGAUUUUCUAAACACCGGUGGGUGCAGUUGAGUCAGUUUGUGUUGUGUGUAUGUCCUUUUCACAUAUUGUUUAUUUUUCCCAGAGGCUAGAGGCAUACUCUGUGUAAAGAAUCAAUAGUAACCCUCUAGUAAAGUGAUGCAAGGUGCGCAGCACUCUUUUUGGCUCACCUCCUGUAGAAAAUGAUUCACAGAGAUGCUUCAGAAAGUAGGUAACCCCACCUAUUACUGAAGCAUCUCUGUCAAUCAUUUUUUACAGGAGGUGAGCCAAAAAGAGUGCUGCGCACCUUGCAUCACUUUACUAGAGGGUUACUAUUGAUUCUUUACACUGAGUAUGCCUUCGGCUUCUGGCAAAGAGAAAUAGCUGCUGCUUUGGCAAAAGCUAAUGGGGAUCCUUGUAAACCAAUACGCACAGGGCUAUUGUCAACCAAACUGACUCCUCCAAUCAGGCUUUGCAUAGACCGGCGAUUGGGGAAUACCCUUAAUCGAUACAGCAACCCCCCGCCUCCCCCUUAUGUUUGUCCAAGUGAGAACAUUACCCCUCCCCUUUGAUUGCAAAUACCCAAGUUGGCAGUAGAUUCUUGAUUGCAUGCGUCCAUAAAAGAUUAUAACUUUUUUGGGACAUUUUUUAUUUAAUUGAAUUGCUUUUAUCAUUGUGAUGUUUCUUUUCAGCUGUAGGUUUGCACAACUCAAUCUUCAGAUUAUUAUUAUUAUUGUUGUUUUUUUGUAGCGUUUUUAUGAUUUGAAAGUUGUUUUUUUGUAGGGAUUGAGGCAUUAUUUAAAAAAUAAUGCAGCUAAAUGAACUCCGGGUCGGUUGGGACUGGGUUACUGGAUGUUAGCCUUGUGACCACUAUUGGUAAGUUAUUCUAUGGCAGGAAGGAAGUGACAAAAUGGGAGAAAAGGUGCAUGUAGAAGUGAAUUAGUUUUGGUGAGGUCUAAACCAAAAGUAAUGUUUUUUUUAUUUUACCUUUUAUUUAACUAGGCAAGUCAGUUAAGAACAAAUUCUUAUUUUCAAUGACGGCCUAGGAACAGUAGGUUAACUGCCUGUUCAGGGGCAGAACGACAGAUUUGUACCUUGUCAGCUCGGGGGUUUGAACUUGCAACCUUCCGGUUACUAGUCCGGUUACUAGUCCAAUGCUCUAACCACUAGGCUACCCUGCCGCCCCGUGCAAUACUGCUGUCAGAUUUAGGCCUGUGAGUCGUAUGUUAGGGAUAUUGGUCUGUUUCUUCUUUUUUGUUUUGUCACGAUUUUUCCUUCUCCAAGCCCAUACAUUUGUUGAUCUUGACAGGCAAAUGUAUGUGAGUCAUCAUUUGAAUGGUUUAUGCUGUCUGUUCACCGUGCUGUGACAGUCCACUUAACUCUUAAAGAACACUUCUCCAACUAUAUGGUCAUUGUCUUCAUCAGCCCCACUACAGACAUCAUCAAUAGGUUUUGAUGCUUGUUUAUUUGUUUCUCAUUGAACUGUUAUACCCAUCACUGCACUGAAGUCAUGUUAAUUUGAAUGCACUAUUCUCAAGAAUGCUUUUUCCCAGUAUCUAUCAAUGUAACUGUUUUGUUAGUUAGCCAACUCACUGCAUUUAACUCACACAAAAAAUGAAAGCACACAAAAGCUAUAUCCUGAAGGGACCAUUCUUUACUAUUUAAAUGUUUUGUCCUUAACAGGAUUCAUGUCAUACACUCAAUUUAUUUCAUCUCACUGUUGCCUAUUAUGGAUUAAAGAAUGGAUAACUUGCAGAUGGAGGUAUGGAGUUGAGGAAAGCGAGAGAGUGUAACCUACUGUAUCUAUCUACGUGUGAGCGGAGUGAAGGAUAACUUGCUGCUUAGGGAGAGGGCAGAACAGGCCUGAGCUAAGUCUUCCUGACCGUGAGUCACAGCUCGCUGUGUAGUCACGUGAGUCACGUGUUAGCCAGGCUACCAUCCCAGGGGUUGUGGAAACACUACAAUUGACCUGUCCUGGAGUAUCUGACCAUCACCGUGAUCGAUGUAAACAGUCAGGCAACUGUUUUGUAUGUAUAUAAAUAUCUAAGAAAAAUGCAUAUUCCUAGUCAAGUAGUCUAUGGUGUAUAAAAACCAACCUUGUUGGACUAUGUAGCAUCUUAAUAAAUUCAAUGAAUAAAUCCUCUACCAAAUUGUG